UUAAUUUGAGCUUAAACACUGAGUGGGUUAUGAUAACAUGUUUCCGGUUGGUCAGUCAUAUGAUGGGUUCGUACAAUCUAUCACCCGUGGUACCUGCCUUAUUGUUGUUGAUCACGCUUCGUGCUCCAUGCGUUAACCGUUUUGGUUCACUUGUCUUGAAUGUCCGAGCUCGGUGAUGUGUUUCGGACGUAGAACCAUCUAAUGAAGCGGGAUAUUCGAUUAACACCUACUAAAAUAGCUUGGGAAAGCAAUAUACCAACAUGAGCGGUGUUAAACGAACAAUACGCUUUCUCUGAAAGACACUUCUGAAAGCGGCUGACUUGUAGAAGACUUGUUUACUAUAUCAUUGAGCUAGAUCGCACAGCAAGAUGGAAAUAAGAGCCACAGCCCGUAAAUAUGAAGUCACUACAUCAGUAAUUCUCCUUACAGUCAUCUUAAUCAGUGAGGCUGUUAAAAACUCCAACACAGUGAUCUUACUCAGCUUUGACGGAUUUCGCUGGGACUUUGCCUCUAAAGCAUACACCCCUAACCUGGACUUCAUAGCUAUGACAGGCGUGCGCGCUCCAUACGUAGAGCCCGUGUUCCCUGUCGAGACAUUUCCCAAUCAUUACUCCAUGGUUACGGGACUCUAUCCCGAAAGCCACGGGAUCCUUUCGGGAUGCUACAUGUAUGAUCCUGUGAUGAAAGAAUCGUUUGAGAAUAUGAACAAUAGUGAUUCUCGCUGGUGGGACGGGGGUGAACCGGUAUGGGUAACAAACCAGAAACAGGGACGGAGCAGUGGAGUUUGCAACUUCCCUGGGUUUGACGUGAAGAUAAGAGGGCAUUUCCCCACGUAUUCUACCAGUAAUAUGGGGUUUAACAAGCCCUUUUUAACAUCCACAAAUAUCAUGACUUUUAAACAGCAGAUUGAUGUGGUCAUGGACUGGUUGACAGGCUUGGACCCGCCUUCAUUCGUGGCGAUUUAUUUUAACCAACCCGAUAUGACAUCACAUGGCUUUGGCCCGAAUUCUGAUCAAGUUAUAGAGCAAAUAAAACGCUGUGAUAACAUCACGGGUUACUUAAUUAUGAGGUUACUCGAGAAAAGGUUAUUCAACAGUGUCAACUUAGUACUGACAGGAGAUCAUGGGCAAACUGAUUAUAACACAACCAAAUUCCUCAACCUUGAGAACUAUUUUAGCGCGCAGUAUUACAUAAAAUAUGGCGUCAAUACGUUACAUAUAUGGCCACGACCCAAUGUUACUAAGUCCUUUGUGUACGAGAACUUCAAACGUAUUGAGUACGAGACUAAGUUGUUAAGAGUAUUCAAGACUGAGGAGAUGCCUGAGGCGUAUCAUUAUAAGAACAAUCGCCGUGCGCCGCCUAUUAUCGCCAUAAUGGAGGAGCACUGGGUUGCUAACACUACCAAGUUCUGGGAGUACUGGAAUCGCCAGCAUCGGAACGAACGACUUCGUGGAGACCAUAACUACAGUCCAUUCAUUCCUUCUAUGAGGCCAUUCUUCUUGGCACGAGGGCCGAACUUUAAGGAGGGGUUUGUUUCUGAACCGUUAAAGAUGGUUGAUAUUUAUCCUCUAUUGUGUAAUAUAUUGGAUGUAGCCCCCGCACCAAAUAAUGGCUCAUUUGAAAGGGUAAAAAAGAUGCUUAAAGCGCCAAAUCCUGUUAAGCGAACAAAUAACUACAUGAUGCGGGCAUUUUUUCGCUCGUUUUGGAAAGGAAUGGUAGAUAUGUUAUAACCAUAUUAUGUGUAUUUUUUUUUCGUAAUAAAAAGUGUGAAUUUG